AUGCCGUGCAACACUACAUCGAGUACAGGCUGUGGGGAGCUGGUGUCCGUGGGCGAGCCGGUCCUCCACAGGAGAGCAGACCCCAUAGUGGGGAAGUACGGUGUGUGGAUGCAGGACCCCGAGGCUGCUGCCCUCUACGGGCCAGAGAUGGUGUGGCGCAUCGACACAAUCGGCACCGAGGUCCGACAGCUCUUCGGCUACGAGGACAUGGAGCAGUUUUCUCGGGGCUUCCCGUCCAAGGUCCUGUUGCUCCCAGAGCCGGUGGAGAGCACAGGAGCCACCCUCUACCGGGGCUCCCUCUACUACCAGCGCCGCCGCAGCCGGACCAUCCUGUGCUACGACCUGGCCUCCGAGAGCCUUGCGGCCCGCAGAGACCUCCCCCACGCAGGCUUCCACGGCCAGUACCCCUACUCCUGGGGCGGCUACACCGACGUGGACCUGGGGGUGGACGAGAAGGGCUUGUGGGCCAUCUACUCCACCAACAAGGCCAAGGGAAACAUCGUGUUGUCCAAGCUGAACCCCAAAACCCUGGAGGUGAUGCAGAGCUGGGAGACGGCCAUCCGGAAGAACUCGGUGGCCAACGCCUUCAUGAUCUGCGGACGUCUGUACACGGUGGCCAGCUACACGUCUCCCAACACCACCGUCAACCUUGCGUACAACACGGCCAGCGGCCAGGACAAGGCCGUCGCCGUGCCCUUCAGGAACAAGUACCGCUACAACAGCAUGAUCGACUACAACCCGGCGCAGAGGAAGCUGUUCGCCUGGGACAACUCCCACAUCGUGUCCUACGACGUCAGGCUUGGGACGCCCCAGGCCAACUGAGGCCGGGCGGGAGGCCCGACCGGUGGCACCUCCAUAGUCUCCAGAACCCCUCCUCUCCUCCACACCCAGUCCCUCAAGUCUUCUUAGUAAGCGGCGGCCACUUAUAGACGAUUGAGACGCUGCCCGGAUGUUCCAGCGCUGUCCACCAGAGGCGAGAGGAACCCCGGAGCUUUGGUCGAGGUUUGAUUGGCUCUUGGUCGAGGAGGUUUGAUUGGCUGUUGGGUGGUCAGCGAGUUCAGCAGCGGUGGUCACCUGAGAGCUCACCUCCCCUGCUUCUGAGACUGACAAGCCUGCAAAGCAUAAUCGUGUGGCAGUAGAGGUUAGAAUGAGUCUGUGUAUGUUUGUUACUUAAAGUCCCAUGAGCGCUCAAAACGACCUGAGAGGAACCCUCCCCUGCAGGUGCUGUGUCAGAGGGAAGGUUUCUUGCUGUGGCGCAACCCCACUAACGUGUUUAUAGAGGAAUUAUUUUUCUACUGUUUUGGUUACAAGAUUUGGUGUUUUCAUGUGUCGCGCUGAGAAAGGUUGGAUGGCUCAAUUAAUAAAAUCACUGAUCUUUCCGAUGUGUAUCAUAACGGCUUAUAAAGACUAAUUAGAGUGCAAAGGUAUACCUCUUGACUCAUUCAACAUAAGCAAAAAUGUAUUGCAUGUUCCUUGGAGCUGUAUUUCUUAAUACUAAGGCAUGUACAGAUGUAUACCAUGAGAACAAAUAAACUAUAAAUGAUAAACUGAGUUUGUUUUAGUGGUUGUCUAAACCCACACCUGAGGGUAACCCAUCAGCAAUACCCAAACUGAUUUUCCCCCUUCUCACCUGCAAACACCUACAGUCAUACUGACCCCUAGUGGCACAAUCUGGGAUCUACACCUCAGUUCAAAAACCCGAGAAGUACAGUCAGAACAGGCUGAAAAAUCAAUCAGCGAAACACAAAUUCACCUUAUAACAGCAUAUUAUUUUAUUAGUUUCUGUAACCAAACCAAGAGAAUGUAAAUAAGACCGUACAUAUUUUAAUACAGCGAUGUAACCCCUGUACAAGUAAAACAAAAAAAACAAAAAACCCAAAUCAUCAUCAACAUCAUCAUCAUCACCCCCCCCCCCCCCCCCCCCCUCCCCCCUUCACGUCAGGGUAGGGAACCUGCAUACUGCUAUACAUCUUCCCCCAGGACACUCGUUACCGCGGUAACCACCAUACCGGGGGGAGGGGGGGGGGGGGGAGUUUAUUUGCGGGUGGUGGUGGUGGGGGACACAGAGGUGAGAUGAGGGUGAGGGGAGAGAGGGUCCUGGACGACGCCUUCAGUCCUCUCAACA